CAAAAUGGCGACUUCGGGGAGAGGAACUUCUCGCGUUUUACUAAAAUUAAGGCAAAAUGUGGAGGAAGGAAACUAUUAUGAAGCACACCAGAUGUACAGGACUUUAUACCAUAGGUACAUGGCACAGAAGAAACAUGCUGAGGCAAUAGAGCUAAUAUACUCUGGUGCGUCCUUGUUACUGAGCCACAACCAGUAUACAAGUGGUGCUGAUCUGUGUUUACUGUUAGUUGAAGCCUUCAAUAUAUCUGAUACUCCAGUUGUUACUGAAAACAUAGACAAAGUGGCUGGUCUGGUCUGCACGAUCCCUUCCGACGUGCCCGAGAGAGGGAAGUGCAUCAGCUCAGCCCUGCAGUGGUCCAAGACCAGCAAUAAAGCCAUCAAGACUGGAGACCCAGAGCUGCACCAGCGAUUAGCCGUGAAACUCUGGCAAGAAAAGAACUACUUCGAGGCACGUUAUCAUUUCUUGCACUCAUGCGAUGGUGAGGGAUGCGCUUCUAUGUUGGUGGAGUACCACGUGGCUAACGGCUACCCCAGUGAGGUGGACAUGUUCGUUGCUCAGGCUGUCUUUCAGUACUUGUGCCUCAAGAAUAAGGCCUGUGCCACGCUGACGUUUCACAUGUACACUGAGAAACACCCAGCCAUUUCCAGCGGUCCCCCGUUCAUCCUGCCCCUGUUGAAUUUCCUGUGGUUUAUGCUGAUGGCAAUAGAAGGCGGUAAGCUGACUACUUUUACUGUGCUCUGUGAGCAGUACCAGCCGAGUCUCAAGAGGGAUCCUAUAUACUUAGAAUACUUGGACAGAAUCGGCCAGCUGUUCUUUGGCUUGCCACCUCCCAUUGGGCCCCCUAUGGGCGGUGGAAUACUGGACAACCUGCUUCGUGGCUUCCUUGGCGGUGAACCAGGAAAUGACGACGAGACAGACUCAUCAGGGCCAGCAGAGGAAGAGUUGGACUGACAGCAAGGAGAUGGGAUGGGGUCUCAUAUUGAAAUUGGUGUAGUGUCCAUCUUGGUUAUGUGAACGUUAAUGGGUGGGUGUUGAAACGGCCAUGUUUCUUAGCACUGUUAACUUGACUGUGAAAAAGUCCUGUGCUAUUGGAGGAUCUCAAAGAUGCAAUGGAACUGUUCUUGUUCCUUUUAAAAUUUCGCCAUAUUGCAGUGGUCUGGUCCAUAUUCUCGUAAGCCAUUUCCUGGUGUACAUGUGUGUUAUAUGCGCUUCAAUUACCUCUAGAGGAGCACCAGGCAUUGUGUGGUGUGUUCCCCGGAGUGGCUUAUCAUUAAGUUUUGCCAAUAAAACCAUUUUAUGAAAUGUUCCAAAUUUGCGGAUAUUUCCUGAGUUUUAGAGCAUUUCACUGCAUCAACUAUGCUUUCCAUGUACUUGUGACUUGCCAACAGUCAGUGCCUGGUGUUUCACAAGUUUGGUUGUCUUUAUUCUUUAAAUCUUAGCUAUCGCUACCUUAUCUCAGCCAUUGAUGCAUCAUCCGUGACCAAGUUUCCAAGUGACACUUCAAUAAAAUACAAAGGGUGGGCCAGUGACUAAUUGGACACAGGUGGAUUUUCUGAGAUGAAAGAUACAGAUGGGAAUACAGAACCGUUCACAUAUUUUCAACGUUGGUUUGAUCCCAGUUCAGCCUUAAAACUGUUCAACAAUUCAAAUACAUGAUGGGCCUCUUGCAUCAAACAUGUCAGCGGAAAAAAUGUAGGUAUACCUUUUUGGCUAACCAGUCUCAGAAAUAUGGGCACCAUGUGGGAACAGUACGUCCUAUUAGCACAAACUUGGUGUGAAAAUGACUGAAAGAUAUUAAUGACAAAAACGCCUGAAGGCUUGGCACGAGAAAAGAAGGCACUGCAGUGACAUCAGAAAAAAAACAAAUUGAGGGGGACUCUGCUCCCCUUCCCCCGGCUCUUUAAAGGUUAAAGCAAUCAUUUUUUUGUAAUGGCCAAAACAUUGUGUGUAAUGCUAAGAAACGUGAAAUAAAUCUAAGUUAGUGUAAUUGUGCUGGACACUUGUUGAUAGCUGCCCAGGCAGUCCCCAGCUGGAUCUGAUAGUGAUGGCAACAAGUGGAAGUUACAGAUUUUCACAUGCACUUGUACAGGUUCAGCACACUUGUCCCUAGAUUUGCAGUCCAGAUGUUCUCUCCAGGAUCCGGUCACAUUGAGCUGCUUAUCCGUUCAUGGAAAGCUUGUCAGCCUGCUAGUCCAUCAAUAUGUUUGGGGUCGCAAAAUAUCUCCCUUUUAGAUUUUGAUUUAUUGAACUUUUUGAAGGGGGGAGGGUUAUCAUUUGGUUUAAUCAACAGUAGCUGAGAACCAAGUUGUCUGUCUUUAGGUCAUUAAAAGGAGGUUAUAUUUCGCUGAAGCAUCAUUAUAAUUCAUGUCCUCCACUUGUACCGGUUGAUUAAGUAGUCUGCAACUUUGUUCAACUUUCUUGGAAACAUUUUCUGUUGGAAUUCUUCCCAUUCAGAAUUCAAGAGGUUUUGGCCUGUAGUUUUGCACAUUUUUUUUCAAGGGAGCUCUUAUUUCGCAAAGAAGUUUUAAGUUGAACAGAAGUAUGCAAUAAUCAAUACAAUUGAUAAAUCAAAUAACCCAGUAGUACCAGCGCCCGUUUCCAGUCUUAUGCAGGGAAACUGUGCCAAUCUCAACCAUAUUUCAUAGCAUAGUUGUACCGUUUGCCUGUGGGUAAUCUGUUGCCGAGACAAAUAGCCAAAAGAACAUUCAGAAUAACGUUCUGCUUCUCAAAAGCUUAGCAUGCACUUGUGUUUGCUCAUUGUCUCCACAGUCUCCAUGAAAUGGAUGGAAAUCUUAUCGACGGAAAACUGUGCAACUUGGGAGCUUUAUGAUACUCGUAACUCAUUUCAAAGCCAUCGCGUAUUCAUACAAUGGUCAAAUUAAUAUGAGAAAGAGUGGCACACAUAUAUACUUCUUAAUGUCAAGGUGUGUAUUUCAUGAAAAAUUAACUCGUAUCUCUACUAUUUUCUUGUUGUUUGUCGGGGUGGGGUGGGUGGUCGGUUGGGUUUAAUUUUAGAUUUCUUUUCCGAACCGCUUGAAAAACAAUUAAGAAUUUAGACUUUUGAUAGACUUCAUGUUAAAAGGCUGAGUCGUCACUCUGUUUUCAAAUUGUCACUAAAAUAAAUGUAGGAAUGAAAUUAGAAAAGGAGCUUUUAUGAGGUUACAUGGAAUUUUAUUCCCUCUCUUCUCGUACCCUCUGCUGCAAUUGUUUCUGCUCUUCCAAUAAAUUUGCAUAAAGAGGAAAAUGCUUGAUGUGGUCGAUAAAGAUUAUCAAUCUAUUAUUUCAAGGCACUGAUUCAAAUCUCUUUCCAAAUGGAAUUUAUAUUGGCUUCUUUGUGGCUUUGCUCCUUGCAUUGGUCAGAUUCUGAUACUCGUCCAGUGACUUGAAUUAUUGUCAAAAGAGGAAAAACUUUCAUAACGCCAAAUAUUGCAGUGAAAGUUACCCGGUGCUUCUUGUUAUAUUUCCCUAAAAAAACUUGUUAAGGAUGCCCAUCGUCAAUUUUGCGUAAAGGGCUGUUUUCUGUAAACAUGCUUCGUGACCAUCAUGAGUUGGCAGGAGUCGCAAAGGAGGUAACAGUAUUUCGCAGACUUUUUCAAAUAACUUUUUGUCAUGAUAAUCCGAGAAUAUCCCCAACUCUGUAAGACUGUAGGAAACGCCGCAUCAGAACUGAAAAGCUUGAACUGGAACACAUUGAAACUGAUUAACAGCAAUGACGUGCGUACAUACCGCAAUGUGUAUGUAGAAUUUAUCUCUGUUGUCUGCAUUAUACUUCAUGGCUUUUGGGAAGACCAACACUCAACGAAAAGCUGUGUACAUUUAGAAUUCUGUGAAAUUAAAUAAACUCAACCGUUUGGGGUGAGAUUUG